AUGGUCAAAACAAAUACCAGCUCUGACAGCAGUGAUGACGGGACGAUAGAUGCUUGUCCAGCAACGGAGAGCAACGCCGGAGAUGGCAAUAAAACUCAGACUACUGGUGACUUUGACUGGGAUGCGCAGACACAGGCCGAAGUGCUAGCUUCUUACUACUAUGGGUAUGUUGCCACACAGCUUCUUGGUGGUUUUCUCGGUGAAAAAUAUGGAGCUCGGUAUAUAUGUGGGCCUGGUUUAUUUAUCGCUGGGCUCCUCACCGUCGUAUCGCCAUGGACAGCAUACGUGAACACAUACUUCUUUAUGGUUGUACGAGCUCUGGAGGGAGCUGCUUCAGGGGUUGUUGUUCCUUCAUUGCAAUCAUUGGUUUCAAAGUGGUUUCCUCCAGAAGAAAGGACAAGACUGUCAGGUGUAAUCUUUUCAGCACUCAAUUUAGGCAGUGUGCUUUCCAUGGGAUUGUCUGGUAUCUUAGCUGCUGCUGGUGGAUGGCCACUGGUGUUCUACUUUUUUGGUGCUUUAGCUGUUGUAUGGUUUAUACCAUGGAUUUUCCUCAUUUAUGAUUCUCCUGAUAAACAUCCACGUAUUUCUGAGGAGGAAAAAGAAUAUAUUCUUAGCAGUCUUGGUGAGGAACUUAAUGCAAAGAAGGUUGCACCACCAGUGCCCUGGUUACAAUUGUUAACAUCAGUUCCUGUUUGGACAGCAAUUAUAUUUCAUACUGGAACAGCAUGGACAAUGUUCACAUUACUCAGUGAAAUGCCAACAUAUCUGAAAACAGUUCUGCAUUUCGACAUUGCACAGAGCGGUCUACUUUCUGCAUUACCAUAUGUGUUUUGCUGGGUGUUUGGCAGUGCAUUUGGUUGGUUGUCUCAGUGGAUCCGAGGGAAGGGAUACCUCUCUCACUUGGCAGCGUACAGAGUUUUCAAUGCAGUUGCGGGAAUUGGGCCAGCAGUAGCUUUUAUCAUCAUUACAUUUGUGGGCUGCAAUUCAAGUGUUAUUGUGGUUCUUCUAAUAAUAACAACAACAACAAACUCAGCACUCUAUGGAGGAAGUUACCUUAAUCACAUGGAUCUGGCACGCAACUUUGCUGGUACAAUAUCAGGACUUCUCCACACAGUAGUUACAUCCUGUGGAAUAUUUGCUCCACUUGCUGUAGGAGCCCUGAUUAAUGAAAAUACACUGAAUGAGCUGGACACGACAUCUGCUGCACACUCUGAACUCUGUCACUCCAACUCGGAUAUGCGAGCAGCCAAUGACCUUCUCCACUCAUGCAUCGCCGAGACGUCUAGCGAGUUUCACAGGGCUCAACAGGAACUGCCCGACGAUGAAGACAUUACGUUGGCUUCAAAACAGGUAUCUGAAGGAGAUGUAAUGCUGUCAGAAUCCCAGUUGCGUCAUUUCAAAACUUCAGAGCGCAAAAGCAACAGUGGUUACUGGGGUGUCGCAAGUAUGGCACUCGCUGCAACAGUAAUGUGGGGCGCUGACUGGCGCGUCGUCAGCAGCGGCGGCGCUCAAAGAGCCAUCUGGCCCGGUGCGGUCAGAAAGCACUCCUGCAGUAGACGUUCGCACAACGCCACCACCACCUGCGCCUGCUUCUGCCGCAUCCUCUCACGAUGA